ACGCAGCUUACUCACAUCCGCUAGGCAUUUUAGCAUCAAGCUGGACAAGAAGCUAAUCUCCAAAAAUUGCUGCAGUGCUUUCGGUUUCCAGUUUUACGUAUUUAGUUUUAAUUUCCCGAAGUUCAGUUGACAAACUUGAAGACCCAUUUGAAGAUGCAGUUCAUGCUGCUGUUCAGCCGGCAGGGAAAGCUGCGGCUGCAGAAGUGGUAUGUCCCUCUGUCUGACAAGGAGAGGAAGAAGAUCUCCAGGGACCUGGUCCAAACCAUACUGGCCAGGAAACCCAAGAUGUGCAGCUUCUUGGAGUGGAGGGAUCUCAAGAUCGUGUACAAAAGAUAUGCCAGCCUGUACUUCUGCUGUGCAGUAGAGGAUCAGGAUAAUGAGCUGAUCACCCUGGAGAUCAUCCAUAGAUAUGUGGAGCUACUUGACAAAUAUUUUGGCAGCGUAUGUGAACUGGAUAUCAUCUUCAAUUUUGAAAAGGCCUACUUUAUCCUGGAUGAGUUCCUGCUGGGUGGAGAGGCCCAGGAAACAUCCAAGAAGAAUGUGCUGAAGGCCAUUGAGCAGGCUGACCUGCUGCAGGAGGAGGCCGAGGCACCUCGUAGUGUCUUGGAGGAAAUUGGGCUGACAUAGAUCAACAUGGUGCCUCAUGUUAGCUGUCACAUUGUCUCCAUGUCUUUAUUGUGUCUUUGCCUGUUCACCGUGCAGUGUUGUAUGUAUCAAACCACCAUCAUGUACUGUAUUAUUCUGUACUGUUCUGUAAUACCCUUUCGGUGUGGUGCCAACUGUGGUUGUAAUGUGUCUUCUGUGUACAGGCUCCUGCACAGUAUUUUUCAGUAGUUAGCGUACAUCAUUCCCCCCGACGCCCUGAACUCCACAAAGAGCAAUGUAGCACCAACAUGCCAAGUCCAGUUUCUUACCAAUAUCAUCACUCUCAUAUGUUACUAUCACCCAGAAGGUCAACACAGAUUACAGCUGCUCUUAAAGUAUUUCUAGAAUCUCCAGAUUUUCUCCCAAAAAAUAUUUGUCCAAAGUUUACACACUUCAAAUCCCAGCCUUUGUUCUUCUUACAAAUAAAUUGUAUU